AUGCCACCUUCUCCUUCUGUUUCUGCAAUCUCAUCAAGCCUCAUCAAGAAAGCAAUGAUCCCAUUUCAUAAACCAUACGCAAUAGCUAUAAAAAAAACAAAUCUUCCUUGUAUUUCGUCUGCAAUCCCAAAGAAAAAGAUCCUGAACGGGGACAACACUCUUCCUCACAAACCAAACCUUAUGUCCUUUGGACCUAAUUUACCACAAGUUCCUGAACAAACUAUCCCAUCAGAAAUCCCAGAAAAUAACCCACCUGAAUUCCCAAGAAAUCCAGAUGAAUCUCCGCCAUCAAUUCCUCUUGAAGUCCCUCAAUUCCCAAAGGUUCCAGAGAUUGAGACUGCUCCCCCUGAAGUGAUUACUGAACCUCCAAAUAUUCCAGAGAUACCUACUCCAGGACCCGACUACCCGGUCCCGCCACAGCCAACUCCGCCGGCGCCUCCUGAUGUUCCACUCCCGCCGCCUGGAGCACCACGACCUCAGCCACCUAAUAGGCUCCCUCCAAGGUUGCCUCCUGAUCCUGAUAUUUUGCCACCGCCUACUUAUCCACCUCCGGAUAUUCAACCGCCACCGGUUGUGCCUCCGGAAAUUAGGCCACCGCCUGGGCCAUACGUGUCUUUUGUCUUCUAG